CCCAAAUUUCCUAGCGCCUGCUCCCUUUACUCCGCCCCGUGUUCCUUCUUUUUUUUCUCCCCCGACAAGCGGAGCUCAUCUUUUUAUCUUCGACAAGAUGUCAAGAAUGACCACACCAACGCUGGCGAGGUUCCCCUCGGAGAUCCUCCUGAUAAUCGCCAGCUACCUCGAUGCCCCAGCACUAAAUGCGCUACUACAAACAUGUCAGCGCUUCCAAUGGCUCUUCGACGCCCUGCUAACCAGCUCGGCCGGAAAUAUAUAAACGUCCCUGGCGCGGGGACACCACUGAUCUGGGCGGUUCAAAACAAAAGGACCGGCGUCCUGAAAAGACUGCUCAAGGGCGAUGACUGGCCGUCGGACAAAUGCAACGGCACAACGGCCCUGCAUGAAGCGGUCCUCUGCGAUAACUUCGAGGCGCUGAGGAUCCUCCUCGACGCCGGCGCCGAUCCUCGGGUCAAGGACACCGGCAAGGAAUCUGCACUCGCCGAGGCGGCGGGGAACAACAAGGAAGAUGCCGUGCGCCUGCUCCUAAACCGGCACAUGGACCUGCAGCCCUGGACGGAAUUCGAACCGUGGUGGGAACGCGCCCUGACGCGGGCAGUGGUUGACAGCAACGAAUCGAUAUGCCGACUGCUACUCCAAUUGACCGAGUCCGCACACACCAGCAGUAACGACAGCAACCGCGCGGAAAUCGUCAAUGGCAUCCUGCAUUUCGUCGCGGGCUGGUACGGCUCCUGCGCGAUCAUCCGCCUGCUCGUCUCCCACGGCGCCGACCCCUCGCGCUCAAGCGCCGGGCGCCGGACGCUCCUCCAUCCAACCGCGCACAACGGACACGUCGCCGCCGUGAAACUCGCGUUGCAGGAAUACGCGGUCGAUCCGACCGUGCUGAACAACGACGGUCUAACCGCCCUCCACCUCGCCGCGGGCGACGGGCAUGUGGAGGUUAUCGGUGCUCUCCUCGACGCUGGCGUGCCCGUCGACAUCUCCGGCGAACGCGGGUUAACGCCGCUUCUCUUCGCCGCAUUAGGCCGACAGGACUGCGCGGCACGGAAACUCAUCGAGGCCGGCGCCGACGCGCGCGCGAGGAACGAGUCCGGGUUCAAUGCGCUGGACCUGACGAUCCCCAUGUGCCCGCCUCCGGCCCUCAUCGAACUCCUGCUGGAAGCCGGGACGGAUGCGAGUCCGCCGGUGGAGGAAAUCCGCAUGACGCCUCUCCACUGGGCAGCGCGGACAGGGCAGGCCGAGGUAAUGCGUCUGCUGUGCGGCGCGGGCGUCGCAGUCGAUCGCGUCGACCAGCGCGGCCGGACGGCGUUGCACCUGGCUGUGAGGGAGGGACAUGUAGCGUCUGUGGAGGUCUUGCUUAGGGCGGGGGCGGAUGCGUUUGCUCUUGAUGAGAGGGGGCGCACGCCGUUGGUUUUUGCGACGAGGAGGGGGGAUCAGGGGGUUGUGGAGUUGCUUCUGAGGCCGCCUUGGGAGCAUAAGACGGGUGAUGCGAAGGAGGUUGGAAUUGAUGUUUCCAAGAAGGAAUGAUGAAUGGAUGCGAGGUGAGUACGAUGGCUGAGAAGUCGCGAUGCGGGCAUUGUGACAAAUUGGAGAAUCUGAAGCUUGGAGGCGUUUGGUAGCGGCGUAUAAGGGACUGCCAGUGCACAUGAAGAUUAUACACACAGAGAUAGUCUCGACCUAAUUCCUUGAAACUGUGCGUCAUAGCACCUUUUGGACAACUAGAACAGUGCGUAGAGAGAAAGACAGACCGACAGACGUUGAUCCCUAACCUGGGCAGAUAGCGGCCUUGCAAUGGCAGUCUGAGGCUGAACGCGUCCAGCUCCACUGCAACUCUUGAAUCAUCAGCGCAAACCGAGGUUUCCU